AUGGAAGUGAAGCUGCACGCGGCGCGGACGCUGGUGGGCCGGCUGCGGGGCGCGGCGGCGGUGCGGGACGCGGGCGCCACGGCGGCGGCCGUCGCGGAGCUGCGGCGCGCCUCCAAGGACGACCCGGAGGUGCGCGCGCCGCUGGCGGACGCGGGCGCCGUGCCGUUCCUCGCGUCGCAGCUCACGGCGCCCUCCACGUCCGCCGCCGCCGAGGACGCGGCCGCCGCGCUGCUCAACAUCUCCCUCUCCGCGCGGGAGCAGCUCAUGUCGGCCCCGGGGAUCCUCGACGCGCUCGCCCGGGCCAUCCGGGCCGAGGACUACGCGGCCGCGCACCACGCCGCCGCCGUCGUCGCCAGCCUGCUCUGCGUCGACGCCUACCGCCCCAUCGUCGGCGCCAAGCGCGCGCUCCUCUCCGCGCUCGUCUCGCUCCUCCUCCCCUCCAAGGCCCGCGGCACGCGCGCCACCAAGGACGCCCUGAAGGCGCUCUUCGGCGUCGCGCUCUACCCGCUCAACCGCGCCGCCCUGGUGGAGCUCGGCGUCGUGCGGGCGCUCUUCGGGCUCGUGAUGACGGACGGGCGCACGGGCAUCGUCGAGGACGCCACCGCAGUCGUCGCGCAGGUGGCCGGGUGCGCCGAGAGCCUCGACGCCUUCGCUGCGGUGUCCGGGGUGCGCAUCCUCGCGGACCUCGUCGAGCCCGGGGGCGCCGCCACGGGGCGGGCCAGGGAGAACGCGGCCGCCGCGCUGCUGAACCUCGUCAUGGCCGGCGGCGAGCGGGCCGUGGCGGAGGUGCUGGACGUGGGCGGCGCCGAGGAGGCCGUGAGGGAGCUGGCGGAGGACGGCGAGGCCAGCCCCAGGGGGAAGGCCAAGGCGGAGGCGCUGCUGAGGGCGCUCGAGGAGGGCGCCGCCGGCGCCAGGCGGCGGCAUGAGCACCGGUUCGCGGAUUUCCUCAACGGGCUCGUGGUGUCCGACCCCUACUUCUCGUCGCCGGCGUCGGCCACCACCCCCGACGACGCGUCACGCGUUACGCUUGGCUGA